AUGACGUCUCUGCUGGGAUUCCACUGUGUUAUUGUGCUGGUAGUGGUUGUAUUCGACAUCCUUGGUGUAUCGGGUGAAGUGGUCCUGGAACCAACGGUGAAUAUGACUGAAGAUGAAAAAACUUCACAGUUGUUAAACUAUCUCUUGGACCCAGAUAGAUAUGAUAAACGGUUUAGACCGAAGUCAAAAGGUCCCCCGGUUUACGUUCUUUGUGACUUUUUUAUAAACAGUUUUGAUUCCAUUACAGAGACUACCAUGGAUUAUGGUGUAUCGAUAUUCAUGCGGCAGCGAUGGACGGACCCACGGCUAUCUCAUAAUGACAGCGAUCCAAUCUUCCUGCACGACAUAACACGAUUGUGGACCCCUGAUGCGUUCUUUACCAACGAGAAGAGCGGACAUCUCCACACGGUCACUGUAGAGAAUCAGAUAGCCCGGAUAUACCAGGAUGGAUUCAUUUUAUGCAGUACACGGUAUAGUUUAAAAUUGGCAUGUUAUAUGUCACUUGAGCGGUUUCCAAUGGAUACACAAGUCUGCAAAAUUACAAUGGAAAGCUAUGGUUAUACGACGAAAGAUUUGAUCUUCGACUGGCAUGCCGACAAACCCAUACAGACAGACAACGAACUGAAGUUACCACAGUUUCGUAUAAGUGACAUUGUUACAUUUAAUUGUACAAAGUCGUACACAACAGGCAGUUUUACGUGCAUAGAAGCUACGUUCACACUACAUCGCGAAGUCGGAUACUACAUAUUACAAGCCUACUUACCCAGUAUUAUAUUGGUGGUGUUGUCGUGGGUUUCGUUUUGGAUCAGCUAUGAAGCAGCGCCCGCAAGAGUCGCUCUUGGUGUAACAACGAUAUUGACCCUAACGACGCUGGAUUCGGGUAUUCGUUCGCAGUUACCCAAAGUGUCAUACCCUAAGGCAAUUGACAUUUGGAUGGCAGUAUGUCUAGUCUUUGUUUUUGCCGCCUUGGUGGAGUUUGCCGGAGUCAAUUAUAUUAGUGUGUAUGAGAAGAAAGUCAAGAAGAAGAAAAAGGAUUUGGAAGAAUUAGAUAAAUUAUAUGCAGCAAAACAACACCAGCAAUCAAGGGAAGAGGUUUCCAUGGGAGUAAAUGGUAACAGCGAGUUCAUCGAGCUUAAAAAUAGACAUAAAGACGAACCCAAGGUGUAUCAACCAACUGUAGAGCUGGACGGGUCAACCACUAUCGACAAACCCAAACGAAACCCAGUGUUAACAGCAGAUAACGUGGACAAGGCAUCUAGAUAUAUCUUUCCAGCUUUUUUCAUCACAUUCAACAUCGUCUAUUGGAUUUGCUACCAAGCCUGGUGA